CUGAUCCUAGAUCUGUACCUAGAUGGAAAGUGAUCCUAGAUCUGUACCUAGAUGGAAAGUGAUCCUAGAUCUGUACCUAGAUGGAAAGUGAUUCUAGAUCUGUACCUAGAUGGAAAGUGAUUCUAGAUCUGUAUCUAGAUGGAAACUUCAAAGGAUGCGAACAAUCUUUUGCUAUGCUUCCAAUAGUCCCAAAUUGCGCCCUAUCCCCUAUCUGGCACACUACUUUUGACAAGGGUCCAUAUGGGUCUGGUCAAAGGUAGUGCUCUGCAGGGACUGGGUGUGCUUUGGGAGGAAUGGAACAGCAUGUGGAUGUUGGCCAGUUUGAGGCUCAGAAAGGAGAGUGAAAAAUUUACAAUAUGUUUUUAAGACAUCUACUACCAUUUGUUUUCUCUGCAGCAUGAUGGGUAAAAAGAAAAAUGUUAUGUAAUAUUUUUUUUAAACUGGAGUCUAUUUUUGUAUGACGUUUUACUGACUUUUUAUGACUUUGCCAUCUUUUUUUACCACCGGUCUUAUUAUUAAGACCUGUACCCUUUUUUCUUUUAAUGUUCGCCCUCUUACUGAAACAUGAUACAGAAAUCCCUUUGUUUUAAGAGAGAGAGAAGGAUGGAGGUUAGUGGGUGAAGCCUGCCUGCAGGUGUGAAGCAGCUAUUGGAAAGGUGGAUCUGUUCACUUGUUCUGGUUUACCACACGGCCUGUGUUUGGAGGGGGAGACUUUUGAGUUCAGAGGACACCUGGAGUUUUUCCCACGUCAGAACACACACGCGAACACACACACGCAAUCACACAGCUUUUAAAUCCUUUAUUGAAACAUAAACAAAGUGUUAUCCUGCCUCUGUUUUGGCUGAAACCUGACUGAUAGGCCUGGAGAAAUGUAACCACUAAAAUUCAGAGCUAUUGGUACUUUUAAGUGUUUUGAGGCAAGACAAUGUUUGUUUACAUUCACAUUUUUACUACUAUGUCUAUAGACAGAGUGUAUUCCAAUGAGUAUCAGCUGUUGGAAUAAGUUAAGGUAUUUCUUUAUUUUCUUAAAAUAAUCAAUGCUUAUAUCACAUUCAUUUUUAGGUCCGACAAUGAAUUUCACUAUCAGGAUUCCUGGUGUAAUUACUAUUUACCAGAAAACACUGUUUUAAAAUAAUGUAUUAAAGCAGUAAUUGUGAAUGUGCUCAACAAAAUGCUUUUUUUGUCCAAUCGAAAAAUUGUGUUUUCAAGCUCAUACAUUAUUUUUUAAACAUUUGCGUUUUGUACUAGGUGGAGUUGUUAUGAUUUACUCAGGGAGGGUGCCCCAAAUGAAAACCUAUUUACCCCUUAGUGCACUCAAACUCCCAUUUGAGCCGCACACAGGGUGUGUCUACAGACAGACAACGCCUGAGCUAAAGGCCGCAGUGUUGCUGAAAAUAAACUGGACCUGGAGGUUCUACCUAAAGUUGCCCGGAUGACCGUCUCAGGGAACAAACAGACCACAGGCUUUGAUGUGCCGAGUACAGUGGAGAACGGAGUGGUAUCCAGGGACUUAACUGUGACAACCAUCCCAGACACACCCUCCAAGCGACCGGAGACCCCGUCCAAAGCUUCCGGGGGGGCGGACGAGUCCCCGUCUGCCCCCACCCCUGGACGCACCCCGGGGAAAACCAAGCAGCAACUGGACAUCAGAGCCGAGCUGGAGAAAAGACAGGGGGGCAAACCCUUACUCAACCUGGUGGUCAUAGGUCAUGUGGAUGCUGGGAAGAGUACUCUGAUGGGUCACCUGUUGUACCUCUUGGGUCAUGUUAACCAGCGGACCAUGCACAAGUACGAGCAGGAGUCCAAGAAGGCUGGCAAGGCUUCGUUCGCCUACGCCUGGGUCCUGGAUGAGACCGGCGAGGAGAGAGACCGGGGUGUCACCAUGGAUGUGGGAAUGACCAAAUUUGAGACGCCGUCUAAGGUGGUGACCCUGAUGGAUGCCCCAGGACACAAAGACUUCAUCCCCAACAUGAUCACUGGAGCUGCUCAGGCUGAUGUGGCAGUGUUAGUGGUAGAUGCCAGUAGAGGGGAGUUUGAGGCCGGGUUCGAGGCGGGCGGCCAGACGCGGGAGCACGGUCUCCUGGUCCGCUCCCUCGGCGUCACGCAGCUGGCCGUAGCCGUCAACAAGAUGGACCAGGUGAAUUGGCAGCAGGAGCGAUUUAAAGAGAUCACAUCCAAGCUUGGUCACUUCCUGAAACAGGCUGGCUUCAAGGACUCUGAUGUGUUCUACGUUCCCACCAGUGGUUUGUCAGGGGAGAACCUCACCACUAAGAGUAAAGUACUGGAGCUGACGUCCUGGUACUCUGGACCCUGUCUGCUGGACCAGAUUGAUUCGUUCAAACCACCCCAGAGGUCCGUAGACAAGCCUUUUAGACUGUGUGUCUCGGACGUCUUUAAAGAUCAGGGCUCAGGGUUCUGUGUAACGGGGAAGAUCGAAGCGGGAUACAUCCAGACUGGCGACAGAAUACUGGCCAUGCCGCCCAAUGAGACCUGCACUGUUAAAGGCAUCUCUCUGCAUGAUGAACCUCUGGAUUGGGCUGCCGCUGGGGACCAUGUUAGUCUGACUGUGACUGGGAUGGACAUCAUCAAGAUCAAUGUUGGCUGUGUGUUCUGUGGUAUCAAGGAGCCAAUCAGAGCCUGUUCUCGCUUCAGGGCUAGAAUCCUGCUCUUCAAUAUAGAGGUCCCUAUCACACAGGGAUUCCCUGUGUUGUUGCACUAUCAGACCAUCAGUGAACCGGCCACCAUCCGAAAGCUGGUCAGUGUUCUGCACAAGAGCAGUGGAGAGGUGCUCAAGAAGAAACCCAAAUGUUUGGGGAAGGGCAUGAAUGCAGUGGUGGAGAUCCAGACACAGAGGCCUGUUGCGUUGGAACUCUAUAAGGACUUCAAGGAACUCGGGCGCUUUAUGCUGAGAUAUGUAGGAUCCACCAUUGCUGCAGGGGUCGUCACCGAGAUCAAAGAAUGACACGUGGUCAGAUCCAUCCAGUCAAAACCAGACCCAGAGGCUGCAUGCAGGCUGGCUACAGACGGGGACGGACGGGGGGGGGCGGGGACAGACAGGGAUGGAGAUGGAGUUGGGACGGAUGGGGACAGACUAGGACAGGGACUGACAGGUGCCAUUCACAGACUGGGGUCUUCACAUCCACCCACCCAGCAACCUAAUAGGCUAAAGCCAACCACUGACUCCACCCCCAACUAAUUGUGUCGACGACCUUGUCGUCACGGAGACACUAAGCACUAUGUAACUGAACACAACGACACAAGAUGGCUGCUACGUGAUGCACCAACCUAUUGACAGGAAAUGACUGCAAGUGCCAAACAUCUAUCUCACCAACCUCACAGAUCCACCAGAGUAGCAACCCUUUAUGUGCUUCCCUCCCAAAGCAGGACUGGCAAAACCUGAGCUCUAAUAGGCCCGGCGUGUUCAGGCUUUUGUUCCCGCCCAGCUACCACUUCUUAUUCGGCUGAUUGGGACCUGAACUUGAGACUAGGAUUGGUUGAUUCAGGUGUGUUAGUGUUGGGCUGGAACAAACGUCUUCACACGGGGUGUAACAGUUCGUCCCUCCUUUAUCCCAGCGUCUUUAUCCCAUCAGCCGAUCACAUUUGUUUUAAUGCUCUUCCUGAAAGAUGAUUUCUUAAAAUAUUUUUUGUAAUUAUUUUAUUUUCUAGUCUCCAAGAAUGUGUAAAGGUUUAUCUUUUGACUGAAUAUUUAAGAGAAUGUAGCUGCUUUUGUAGACAAUAGUUGACUCUACAUACUGUUAUUAUUUUGUUUCAUUUCGUUUGGGGGGGGGGGGGGUACUGAAAAACGCAAGACUGUCUUAACCGAAUUGUUACAUGUUCCCUAUGUGGGAGUCCGGAUGUUCCCUACAUAGUGCUUCGGAUGUUCCCUACAUAGUGCUUCAGAUGUUCCCUACAUAGUGCUUCAGAUGUUCCCUACAUAGUGCUUCAGAUGUUCCCUACAUAGUGCUUCAGAUGUUCCCUACAUAGUGCUUCAGAUGUUCCCUACAUAGUGCUUCAGAUGGGGUUUAUGGGAACUCCUGAGGUAGUGUAAUACAGAGGGACUAGGGUGCCAUUUUGAGGUGUUAUCCUGUCAGGAUCUUUGCAGUGAUAAUAUGAAUUGAGUCCAAAUGGCUCCCCAGGUUCUCUGUCUAGUACAAACUAGUGACCUUACAUAGGCAAUAGGGUGGCAUUUGGGAAGUACCCCUGGUGGUGGAGAUGGAGAAUAAUAAAGACAUGACUUCAAUACCC